AUGUCAAAGUACAUCGCAGUGCACGGCAAGCCGCAAGGGCCAGGCGACGCCCGGCCCACGGCGCAGCAAAUUGUCGAGGACGAGGAAGUUAAAGGAAAAUUAGCUGGGAAGACCAUCUUCAUCACUGGAGCUAACCAGGGAAUUGGCUUUGAGACAGUCCGCGCCCUCAGAACGACUGGUGCCACCAUCUUCCUGGGGGUCAGGGAUUUGAAGAAAGGGCAGCAGGCGGUUGAAGAUCUACGAGCAUCCAACCCGAACAACGGAGCACCACUCCACCUGAUCGAACUGUCCCUCAAUUCCCUCAACUCGGUCCGCGCUGCAGCCCAGGCUUUUCUAGCUCAGCGCGCCAAUUUGAACAUCCUCAUCCUGAAUGCGGGGGUGAUGGCGACCCCAGAAGGCAAAACUGUUGACGGAUUCGAAACCCAGUUUGGUAUCAACCAUCUCGGACACUUUUUACUAUUUCAACUGUUGAAGCCGGCGCUGCUAGCCGCAGCCACCCCAUCCUUCACCUCGCGUGUCAUAUCUCUCUCAUCCCUUGCUCAUCGCGUCAGCGAUAUCAGGUUCCACGAUUUAAACUUCGAGGAAGAGGGCUCCUACGAACCCUGGGUUGCGUACGGCCAGUCCAAGUCCGCAAACAUAUACAUGGCUACCGAGAUCGAUAAACGUUAUGGACCAAUGGGUGUGCACGCCCUCUCUCUGCAUCCCGGUACUAUUGCGACGAACUUGGGCCAGUACGUGGAUCCGAAGGCAGUAGAAGCAAUGGUGGACGACCAGGUGAAGCUCAUGAUGAAGAGUGCUCCUCAAGGUGCAGCCACGACUGUUUACGCUGCGAUAAGUAAGGACUGGGAGGGCCGAGGUGGCCGGUACUUGAGUGAUUGUGGUGAACCAGGGCCUGCAAAACCAAGCCUGUCUAUGGUAUGGACAGAUGUUGGCCAUGCUCCUUGGGUUUACGACGAACACAAGGCUGCCAAGUUGUGGUUUGAGUCAUGCAAGUUGGUUGGCAUAGAGGAUAAUGCUUGA